AUGUCAGGCUGUUGGAGUAAAUACGGGAACAUAAUGAAUGUUGACACAACUGGAGCUUCGGAGACAACUGCGAGACCAGAGGGUCUGAGCUAUGCAGGAGUUGCAGCCUCACAGAAGAUUGCAGAAAACGAUUUGAAGAACAUGGGGAAAUACCAAGCCAUGAUUAAAAGAGUUGGCAACAGCAAGUGUGUUGAUCCAGCUGUGAUUGCUGGUAUUAUCUCUCGAGAGUCGCAUGCUGGGGCAGUCCUGGAGAAUGGCUGGGGUGACCAUGGAAAUGCAUUUGGUUUAAUGCAGGUUGACAAACGGUACCAUAAGAUUGUUGGAGCAUGGGACAGUGAAGAACACUUAAUGCAAGGUACAGAGAUUUUAUGUUACAUGAUAAAGGAAGUCGCGAAGAAAUUCCCAACAUGGACUAAAGAACAGCAACUCAAAGGUGGGAUUUCAGCCUACAAUGCGGGAUAUAGCAAUAUCCAGAGCUACGACAGUGUGGAUAAUGGCACAACACACCGUGACUAUUCCAAUGAUGUGGUUGCAAGAGCCCAGCUUUAUAAGAAACACGGAUACUGA